GGGUGUUUAUCAUGAGUUUUUUCAUAAAAGAAUGAUCGUGCAUUCCAUACUCGCGCCCUCAACGAUGAUAAAGAAUUAUCUUGCAAUUUCUGGCCGUCCACCGCACUGAUUAGCUAUCAAAAAUGUAAUAUCUGUAGGUGAUACCAGCAGCGAGUGAUAAUCACUUUAUUAAGAUCCAUUGAUUGGUUUUUUUCCUGAAGCUGUUGCCUGACGAUUUUCCAAAUCAAUUCGAAGCGGGUCCAUUCAACUUUCGACUACGGCUAAUUAAUUUAAUUAUAAUUAAUUUAAAGAGUAUUUCAUUUUAUUCGGCAAUAGUUCGUCGAAAAAGCUUGUGCCGAUUUUGCCCCGGUCGGUCAGUCUUUUAGACACUUUGUAACAAUAUUAUUAAAAAAUUAAUUAAAGAGACCGUAGACCUGUGCAUCGAGCCGCGCGAAUGCCAACAUUUUCCCAUUUUUUCACUUAAUUGCACUAAUUAUUCGGCCGUUUUGAGUUCCUGUUGUUAGAUAUUGGAAAGCGAUAGAAAAUACCUCGCUUCAAAUUCCCGUUCCAAAAUGAUAAGGAGAAACAAAAAUGAAAAUAGUUCGGUUCAAUUCGUCAGUUCGAAUUUACCAACAGGUGGAAUAAUAACGCGUGAUUCGACAGCCUUAAUUCAUCAUGAAUUCUGCAUUGUUUGCGGUUGUUAUCGCGCUUGCGCUGCACUCGGUAUUCCCUUGCAAGCUCAUAAUAGACUCAAUAUAUUCAUUUUCGGAUGAUAUAUCGUCAGAACAAGAGACCAACACCCGAGAAUGGGCAACGAAUCUGAAGAAGGACCUCAUCAAUCCGCAAUUUGAAGCGUAUGUAUAUGCCGACGACAUAGCCCAGGGAAAUCUGUGUGACUAUGAAGACGACGAUAUAAACGGAAUGGCGGCCCUACUCCUGACGAUGAUUUUCGAGGAAGCCAUGUGUGAGCUGGGGGAGGGAGAGUGGAAGGCCGUUUCGCAACGGGAAAUUCCGGAAAAAAUUUGCGAAACAUUUCUUAACCAGACCCAGGAUGAACAAAUACUACUGAAGUAUGAUAUCAAUCUAGAUAACGAAAACAUAGCUGCGGCCAAUUUGGUUGUGCGGUCUGCUCAGUGGACCCCGUACCGUCGCGGAUGAAUUCCAGUAAAAUAUUAAAAAUAUUGUGUGAUUUAAUUAUGAAGCAACAACAAAUGAACAUUCCCUCAAGUUAUUUCAAUAUAUGAGAAUAUCUAUACAAACCUCAACAAUUAAUAUUUUCAUCGUUAAUAAAUAAUGUAAACCCUGUACUAAACUUAUUUGUUAAGAUAAAAAUAUUUCACUGUUCACCUAAACAUUAAUGACGAAGUGAUAAAAUUAUUCAGUAAAUAUAUUUAUCCCUUUUUGGCUCAGUACACGAAGAAAAAAAUUGUUUAAUAAAAUUACGAAACCGUUUCUCAUUUUUCCACUUGUUCCAUAUUUGUUCUUGGACAUUCUGCACUUUUUUCCGUAAUUUUUAAACAAUUUUUCUCUCUCUGCAUUCAAAGCUCAUCUCAGUACUUCAGUAGUUGCACAUGAUAUAAUUCAACUCCAAAUGUAGAUAACCCAAUAAAAUUAAUUCAAUGCUGGCAAUGAAAA